GGACCCACUCUGCUCUGGUAUGCCCUCAUUAACAUAACAAAAAACUAUUUCCAGACAGGGUCAUAUUUACAGGUACGGGGGUUAGAAUUUAACACAUAUUUCAGGGGGACAUGAUUCAGUCUAUAACACACAGUAAGAGGCCUUUUCCCUUCCUGCCUGCAGAUGGAUGGUUUCUAGCCUGCUUCCAAACCCCACCUCGGCUGAGUGCUGGGCAGCACUUCUACAUGAUCAUAUGACUCUUGAUAUGGACGCAGUCCUGUCAGACUUUGUUCGGUCCACAGGGGCAGAACCUGGUCUGGCCAGAGAUCUGCUGGAAGGCAAAAACUGGGACCUGACUGCCGCUCUGAGUGACUAUGAGCAACUCCGACAGGUGCACACCACCAACCUGCCACAUGUGUUCAAUGAGGGAAGGUGCCCCAAGCAGCCGGAGCGAGACCCGCCGCCACCCAGCCACAAGGUGGAGAAGCUCUGCCCGCAGAGGCAGGACGACAUCACCCAAGAAAAGCGACUUUCCCGGGGCAUCUCCCACGCUAGCUCAGCCAUCGUCUCGCUGGCCCGGUCCCACGUGGCAAGUGAAUGCAACAACGAGCAGUUCCCCCUGGAGAUGCCAAUCUACACAUUCCAGUUGCCGGAUCUUAGUGUGUACAGCGAAGACUUCAGGAGCUUCAUUGAGCGGGACUUGAUUGAGCAGGCGACCAUGGUUGCCUUGGAGCAGGCAGGUCGCCUGAACUGGUGGUCCACAGUAUGCACAAGCUGUAAACGGCUUCUUCCUUUGGCCACGACAGGGGAUGGGAACUGCCUUUUACAUGCCGCCUCACUGGGGAUGUGGGGAUUUCACGACCGGGACCUGGUCUUGCGGAAGGCUCUGUACACAAUGAUGAGGACAGGAGCGGAGAGGGAAGCUCUGAAGCGGAGGUGGCGGUGGCAGCAGACUCAGCAGAACAAGGAGUCGGGGCUGGUGUACACGGAGGAGGAGUGGGAGCGCGAGUGGACGGAGCUGCUGAAGUUGGCGUCCAGCGAGCCGCGCACACACUGCAGCAAGAAUGGCGGCUCCGGCGGAGGCAUGGACAACUCGGAGGACCCUGUCUAUGAGAGUCUAGAAGAGUUCCACGUUUUCGUCCUGGCCCAUAUAUUAAGAAGACCGAUCGUUGUUGUAGCAGAUACAAUGCUAAGAGACUCAGGUGGAGAAGCUUUUGCCCCGAUCCCAUUCGGAGGGAUUUACCUGCCACUGGAGGUCCCUCCCAACAGAUGCCACUGCUCACCUCUGGUUCUAGCCUACGAUCAAGCUCACUUCUCUGCCCUUGUGUCCAUGGAGCAGAGAGAUCAGCAAAGAGAACAAGCUGUGAUCCCUCUGACUGACUCAGAGCACAAGCUGCUGCCCCUGCACUUCGCAGUGGAUCCUGGGAAGGACUGGGAGUGGGGGAAAGACGACAACGACAAUGCCAGGCUGGCCCACCUGAUCCUGUCACUGGAAGCCAAGCUGAACCUUCUGCACAACUACAUGAAUGUGACGUGGAUCCGGAUCCCCUCUGAGACCCGGGCCCCUCUGGCGCAGCCAGAGUCCCCUACGGCCUCAGCGGGAGAGGACGUGCAGUCCCUGGCUGACUCGCUGGACUCAGACCGCGAUUCCGUGUGCAGCAACUCUAACAGCAAUAACGGCAAGAACGGCAAGGAGAAAGAGAAGGAGAAGCAGCGCAAGGAGAAGGACAAGACCCGUGCGGACUCCGUGGCCAACAAGCUGGGCAGCUUCAGCAAGACUCUGGGCAUCAAGCUGAAGAAAAACAUGGGUGGCCUCGGUGGCCUGGUGCACGGGAAGAUGGGCCGCGCCAACUCCUCCAACUGCAAGAACGGCGACGCGCCAGAGCGCAGCAAGGAGAAGAAGGCCAAGUCACGCAAGGGCAGCAAAGAGGAGUCGGGCGCGUCGGCGAGCACGUCUCCACUAGAAAAGACCACGCCGUCGCCCACGGACAAGGCGGCGGGCACAUCGCCAGCGGACAAGGGCGGCGGGCUGCGCGGCGACGCGUGGAAGUACAGCACGGACGUGAAACUAAGCCUCAACAUCCUGCGCGCCGCCAUGCAGGGCGAGCGCAAGUUCAUCUUCGCCGGCUUGCUGCUCACCAGCCACCGGCACCAGUUCCACGAGGAGAUGAUCGGCUACUACCUGACGAGCGCGCAGGAGCGCUUCAGCGCCGAACAGGAGCAGCGGCGCCGCGACGCAGCCGCCGCUGCCGCAGCCUCCGCCGCCGCUGCCGCCUCCACAGUCAAGCGGCCGCCGCGCAGGCCCGAGGCCGAGGGCGGGCCGGGCCCCGAGCGCGCCUCGCCGGGCACGCCGGCCGGGCCGCCCACGCAGCUGGUGCUCAAGCUCAAGGAGCGCCCGAGCCCCGGGCCCGCGGCGAGCGUGCGGGCGGCGGCGGCGGCGGCGGCGGGCGGCGCGGGUUCCCCGAGCGGCGGCGCGCGGCGCGGGGCGGCGGCUGGGACGGGCCCGGGCCGCAGCCCGCCGGCGCCAGCGCGCCAGAGCAUCAUCCACGUGCAGGCGGCGGGCGCGCGGGGGGACGAGGCGUGCGCGCCGGCCGUGGGCGCGCUGCGCCCGUGCGCCACGUACCCGCAGCAGAACCGCUCUCUGUCCUCGCAGAGCUACAGCCCGGCGCGCGCCGUCGCCCUGCGCACGGUCAAUACGGUGGAGUCUUUGGCGCGCGCCGUGCCCGUGCCCGUGCCCAGCGCCGCAGCCGCGGGCGCCGAGCACAAGUCGCAGACCUACACCAACGGCUUUGGCGCCGCGCGGGAAGGCCUGGAGUUCGCGGACGCCGACGCGCCGCCUGCCUGGUCGAACGGUGAGGGCGGCCGCGGCGGGCCGGGCCCGGCGCAGCGGCGCUGCCAGCGAGAGAACUGCGCCUUCUACGGGCGCGCGGAGACUGAGCACUACUGCUCGUACUGCUACCGCGAGGAGCUGCGGCGGCGGCGCGAGGCGCGCGGGCCCCGGCCCUGAACGCGCAGGCCCCCGGCUCCGAUCAUACCGGAUCCCUUUUCCUUUCUGUCGGUGUCUUUUUUACAUACCCUGGUCAACCGGAAGGCCGUUGACUUCUCUGUCAGUGCUGUGUACGUGUUUGGUCAAACGUUCCUAAUGGUGCCUGAACCUACACUGACGCCACUCAGGUAGUAGACGGAUAGGAAACAAGUCAUACUGUUGGAAGUGGGACGUGCUAGCCCAGCCUCUGCCUCGUACCUGUGGAAACUCAAUAGCCAUUGCCAGAGUAUUUUUGUUCCUCAGUAAGAGAAAUAAAUUUGCAGCCCUUUGUUUUUAAAAGGGGGUGUUUUACAUGCUUUUCGUUUUGCUUUGUUUUUCCUAACCUAGCGACUGACCUCUUCCAUGUAGCGGUCACUUGCGUGCAGUUGGUACCAUCCAGGGUUUAGAAACCAGCGCCGAGGACUGAGGCGAAGGCUCCACGGCGGCUUCUCAUCCCUCCAGGCGCCUCUGAGGAAAGGAGGCGAUCGGCUGCCCUCUGAAGCUGUGACCCUUUAGAAAUAUCCGGCUCCAUCUCAUAAGCUAAACCUCCUCCCACAGCAAUCCGGCCACGCAACGUUCACACUGCCAUCAAAGCCGCAGGCAUCGUGAAGGGGUACCGUACGACCUACCUCGCAGGGCGUGGCGAGGUGUAUCGACUGCUCGGGUGCCGGGCAUCUCUGGUGACAGGAGCUUUCCAAGGACACCUUGGAUUCUAAAAGCAAGAUUCUUAACUUGCAAUUUGGAGUUUCCCGUAGAUGAGCGAAUAUGGCAGCCUGCCCACAUUUCUCCUUUGAAGACAUUGCCGCAGUGAACUGUUGCUGGAGGGCCCCCAGAAAGCGGUCGAUGCCCAAGGAGCGAGGCAAGGAAUGGACCCUUGGGUCACUGUGUGAGCCCCCACUAGGCUGCUUGGGAGCCCGCUUAUCCCUCUUCCCAAAGGGAGGGGGCUGAGGGAAGAUGGGGGAGGAAAGCGCCCCUGCCCUUGCCGCACCCCCAGCCUGCCCGGGUUAGCCAGGUGAAGGGGUAUCCCUCUGAAUGUGCCACCCUUCACAGGCGGGGAGGACCCUGCCUGUGGCUCCAUCGAGGAAGCAGCCUGAUUCCUGAGCAGUCCCCUUUUUGGUGCCUCCUAUAAUUUUUGAGGAAAAAAAAAAAAUGUGUCCUUAGCUACCCUGUUUUGAGCAGCAAUAUGCAGCCUUCGCCUCCUAAAAUUACCUCUGGAGAAUCCCGUUCUUGGCCAAGGACACUGAGGAGCUAAAAACCUGCCUCCCGAAGGAGAAAUCUUGUUUCCAAGAAAUACGGAGAAAUGGGUAAAAUCCUCACUAACAAAAAGAGUACUUAAAAACCUGUGAGAGCCUUAGCACAGCCUCUAAUAAUCCUAAAAAAGGAGAAGGUGGCCAGCGUUGCCGGAGUGUCUGCUCAGAAAGCCAGGACGUAGACCAUCUCAUCAUCCGAGCCAGUUCGCCUUCUCCAGCAAGGACGCUUUCCCCUUAACAUAAAAAA